CGGAGGGGAAGAAUUAGACCUCGACGUCCGCUCAUAGUAGCGAGCCCUAGUGAUGAACAUAAUUUUUGGUUUAUCUGGAAGGAGAAGCACGAGCUCAUCACUAGGGGUUCAUUAAUUUUUGGUUUAUGUUGUUAUUUAUGAACAUAAUGGUUAUAGUACAUUUCGAAUGACAGUUUGAAUGUGAUCAUUUAUUACUAUGUCUAUGCAGGCUGACUUCGUGUUGGAUUGGAGUAGAGACAAUCAUCGCGAAGCUGUACUAAACACACUAGCUGAUAGGUACAACGCUUACCACUAUGAAUUACACAAACAUUACAAGAAAUUUGAUUCGCAUGAGGAGGCAUUAGCUGGUCGGAAGGAAUGGGUGGAGCCACACGUAUGGGAGUGGCUAUGUGAAAUGUGGGCCAGCCCCAAAUUCAAGGAGCAAUCUCGUAGGAACAGUAACAACAGGAAAAAACAGAAGAUUAAACAUACAAGUGGGAGGAAAUCAUUUGUUAGGCUUAUGGAAGAGAGGGUAAGCUAG